CACAACCCUUAAAUUUCACAUAGCUUCCUCGCGCUCAGCGUUAAUCUGGUUGUUAUGCAGUUAAUUCCUCGUGAGCUUGACAAGCUCGUGAUAUCGCAAGCUGGGUCCCUAGCGCAGAAACGCCUUGCAAGGGGCGUUAAGUUGAAUAAGUCCGAAGCUACGGUAUUUCUUUUCCACUUUAGUCUAUUGAUCCGCGAUGGAAAACAUAGUGUCGCAGAACUCAUGGAAGAAGGCAAGACCAUGCUCGGGCGCAGACAUGUCCUCCCGCACGUAGCCAUAUCUCUGAAAGAGAUUCAAGUGGAGGGAACAUUCCCGGAUGGAACCUAUCUCCGUCCGUUGGUUGAUGCGUCUGAAUAUGAACACGAGAAGCAGCCGGGGGCCGUUGUGGCGGUCAAAGGACCAAAAAUUGUCCUCAAUGACGAGAGGAAUAGGUGCAUUCUUCGUGUUACCAACAAGGGCGACAGACCAAUACAGGUUGGGAGUCACUACCACUUCAUUGAGGUCAACCCGCAACUCGAGUUUGACAGGAUCCAGGCCUUUGGCUAUCGUCUGGACAUCCCUGCUGGGACAGCUAUUCGCUUUGAGCCAGGGGACUCUAGAACCGUCAACCUUGUCCAGAUUGGCGGACGCAAGAUCAUAACUGGAGGGAAUAAUGUUGCUAAUGGGCGCCUUGAGGGAAAAAGAAUUCCCAAAAUUCUGGAGAAUUUGCAGAAAGGUGGAUUUUCGCAUGUUCCGGUAUUCCAUGGAUAG